CAGCCUCGGGGCGGGGAGGCCGGAGCUCCCCUACGCUGGCGCGGAAGCGGGCGUAGGGGCGCGUACCCCGGUGCCCGGCGGCUGCCCGCGGCCUCCCGAGCGCCCUCCCGGGCUCCAUGCGCGACCAUGGCGCAGAGCCUCCGGAGCUGGCUGGGCGGCUGCCUCCUGGUGUCAGCACUAGGAACGGUGCCACCUCCUGAAAAUGUCAGAAUGAAUUCCGUUAAUUUCAGGAACAUUCUACAGUGGGAAUCGCCUGCUUUUCCCAAGGGGAAUCUGACUUUCACAGCUCAGUACCAGAGUUAUAGAAAAUUCCAAGAUAUAUGCACAAGUACUGUCUUGACGGAAUGUGAUUUCUCAAGUCUUUCCAAGUAUGGUGACCACACCUUGAGGGUCAGGGCUCAAUUUGAAGAUGAGCAUUCAGACUGGAUAAACAUCACCUUCUGUCCUGUGGAUGACACCAUUAUCGGACCUCCCAGCAUCCAAGUAGAAGCACUUGCUAAUUCUUUACAUAUGCGUUUCUUAGCCCCGAAAAUUAAGAAUGAACCUGAAACAUGGAGCAUGAGGAAUAUUUAUAACUCAUGGACGUAUCAUGUGCAAUAUUGGAAAAAUGGCUCAGAUGAAAAGUUUCCACUUACUGGUCAGUAUGACUUCGAGGUCCUCCGAAAUCUUGAGUCACAGACAACUUAUUGCGUUCAAGUUCGAGGGUUUCUUCCUGAUCGGAACAAAACUGGGGAGUGGAGUGAGCCUGUCUGUGAGCAAACAGCCGCUGAUGGUGUCUGCGUACCAACGUCAGGCCUUUUGGGGCCUUUUUGUUACUUAAAGAUGUCCAGAGGUUCCACCAGCUCAGACCACAAAAGGAUGCAUACAUGCAGGUCCGCUCCUGACCAUUUUCAUGUACGGAGGCCCUCCUGGAAGCAAGGUGCUGAUCUGGGGGCUACAGAAAUACAAAGGAGAGUAAUAAAGAAUGCCCUCCAGAGAGAGAGCAAAACUUUUCAUCUUCUGUGUCACUGCAGUUCUGAGGCAAAUGCACUGCUGUCAUCACAGUGAUUCAUCAUUUCAGCUCAUCAAGUUCUUCGUGAAUGUUGUUUUUUGUCCUUGAACAUAGCUCUCUCCCUGUUUUGCUUUGUCUCAUCAACUGAUGUGCUGGUAGGAGGUUCAGGAUCCUUACCAGUUUGUUGUUUAAACUGUUGGUGUGUCUAGGAUAUACCUUCCUCUAGACCACUUAACUAGUUGCUUACUGGUCACCAAUCCAUCUGAAUAUAGUGGAUUAUUACGUAAGCUAUUUUGUUUUACUGUCCACAAAGUCACCAUGAAAGACUUUGGCAAAUAUCAGCUGAAAUUGACACCCAGUGCCAAGUGCAGCAUUGUCACAACUGUGUCCCAUGAGUGAUUAUGGGAUAUGUCUCAAAACAAGAGCCUGGUAGUCAGAUGUGCUUGGAAAUGAUGGUACGCCACAUUUCUCUCUCAGAAAAGUCACCCUAUAUAUUAGCAUUUUUAGCAUAUUUGAUCUUUCAACAUCUUUUUUGAGGAUGAGCAUUCCAAGGAAAACAGCUUGGGAAAAACCAGCCCAUAAUGUGCCAUAAUUUACCAACAAGUAACCCUGUCCAAAAAAGGAAAGGCAGCCACUUGGAGCUAAUUUCUUCUCGGUGUCCUCAUGUUAUUAUUUUUUGUUAUUGUCCUUAUCUUUCUUAAGUAUUUGUAAUUAGCCACUUAACCAUCCAUUCCAGAAUGUUUGUAUUUUUUUCUGGAUAUCACAUCAAGCUUUCCAGCCUGGAGUUUCCUGAAUCUUGUUGGGUAUUUUUCCCUCUUUUUUUUUUUUUUUUUUUUUUAUCGGUACGCGGGCCUCUCACUGCUGUGGCCUCUCCCGUUGCGGAGCACAGGCUCUGGACGCGCAGGCUCCGCGGCCAUGGCUCACGGGCCCAGCCGCUCCGCGGCAUGUGGGAUCUUCCCGGACUGGGGCACGAACCCGUGUCCCCUGCAUCGGCAGGCGGACUCUCAACCACUGCACCACCAGGGAAGCCCUCCCUCGUUUUGUAAACGCACAAAUUACUUGCCUGAAUCUAGGAAUCUUUCACCUCACCCAGGCACGUGAUCUUUUCAGUGCCACCCGAAGCUGUUCUACAAUCAUGUUAAGCAAAUAUUCUCAGGAAUGCAGAGCCAUGUAGAAGAUGGAAAGCCUUGCUGUCUCUCUGGAGGGAAUUCUCUGUCCGUCUCCUUUCUUUUUCUGUAGUUCCCUGUCCAGUGCCACGCCUCUAUCUGAGGCUGAGCCGACCUGCCUGUGUUCCUCCUGCGGUGGCUAAGCCUCUCAACAGCACCGUUAAAUAACAAGAGCUUAUCUUUUUAUUCCUUUCAUGAAUCAUUUGUGCUU